AUCGUUGGUUUAUUGGCGAUGCUUCGCACCAUUGCUGCCCAUUAUCAAUAUGCUGAAUUUGCGAGAUUCAACAAUUUCAAAGUACACUUCAACCAUACACACAAUCGUACCAUUCGCCACUGGACAAUGUUUACUCCUGCACCUGGCUUAUAUGAGAUAAACAAGGAACAAAACAAAGUCGAUAUUGUCGCAGAUUUUGAGCAAAAGGAGACAGCAAUUGUCCCGCUUAUUAAUUUUACGAAUACAUUGGCGGUUUCUUUGGUGGACACCGUGGACGUGCUGUCCACGCUUGCAGAAGAACAUGAUGAAGUCAUAAAGGAAAUCAAAUUUGACACUCAGAGGAGCCGACCAUCCUUGCUGCAACACAUCCAACCGGUGAUUGUACGCCUCAAUGAAAACAAACGCACAUCUGACAUCGCCGAUGAUGGCCCGAAGAACCCGUUCUAUAUCCCUAAGCAUUAA